CCACCAUUCAUCCAUCGGGUUCGAUAUGGGUGGCAUUGCUAUUCUGUUUUCGCUUGGUUCUUCUAAAACCAAGGAGAACGAUAACGGAGCGCCACCGUACGGCUUCAGGCUAGAAGAGCCAAGCUGUGAACCAUAGCAGGACAUGGUGCUGGCUUCUCUUCCUUCCUCCUCCCCUUCUCCUCCCCCUACUACACUAAUCCGAAGAAAAACAGCACCAUCAAUAAUCCCCACCUCCUCCCCUACCCCCGCCUCCUCGCGGUCCAGCAAAAGAGACGACCCCGUUAUCACCAGGCGAACAACGAUAUCCCUUCUCGCCUCCUCCCUCGCCUUGCCUUCCCUCUAUUCUUCGUCGCUCUCCGCAAGGGCUGAUGAGAAGGACGAACCCCAGCAAGACGAGGACCGCGUCGUCCAACUCUUUCAGGAGGCGUCGCCUUCGGUGGUCUUCAUCAAAGAUUUGGAGCUACGAGGCGCUGCGACCCCGACGAAAUCCCCGCCGGAAGAAGAAUUGGUGGAAGAUGAUGAAGAAUUGAGGAAUGCCAAGGUCGAAGGCACGGGCUCCGGAUUCGUGUGGGACAAGGCUGGCCACAUUGUGACAAAUUAUCAUGUGGUGGCGAAACUGGCAACCGAUAAAUCUGGUCUACACCGUUGCAAGGUUUAUUUUGAAGACUAUAAAGGCGAUACUUUUUCCAAGGAAGGAAAGAUUGUUGGAUUCGAUCCUGCUUUUGAUCUUGCUGUUCUGAAGGUUGAUGUUGAGGGAGACAAGUUAAGACCAGCGCUUAUGGGUACAUCACAUGAUCUACGAGUGGGACAGAGCUGUUUUGCCAUAGGAAAUCCGUAUGGGUAUGAGCAUACUCUAACUACUGGGGUCGUGAGUGGUUUGGGUAGGGAAAUACCAUCACCAAAUGGAAGGCCGAUUAGAGGAGCUAUACAGACGGAUGCUGCUAUCAAUGCUGGAAACUCUGGUGGACCUUUGAUCGAUUCUUAUGGCCAUGUUAUUGGAGUUAACACAGCUACAUUUACUCGUAAAGGAUACCAUUGACAAUCACCAAGGAGGGAGCUACCAAGACAAGAAACCACCUAAAAAGAUGGUAGUUAUUGCUGGAAAUAAUUACCAAUUGCAACAUAAGAAAAGGAAGAGGACUUCAGUUGCUUACUCUCACACUCAACCUAUGCACAUGGACAUUUGACUACCCAACAUGGAAAAAGCUUCCACGCCUCUCCUAUGUACCACCAGUAGCAUUGACAGGACCUUGCAUUCCUGGACCUGGUCUAAUAAUCUCUGACAUAGAGUUUCAUUCCACCUUGGAUGAAAUUAACCGAGCAUCAAGAGGCUUUGACAUCCUUGACCCUUAUCGACUUAGCCAGUUAUCCAAUGUGAAGUCCCAUUCCACCUUAGAGGAUAUUAGUCAGAGUGCACCCAAAUAAUUCAUUGGUUGAUUUCUAGACUGUGCAUCUUCAAUUUCUUUGCACAUCUUAUGAUCUGGGAGUUAUUACAUAUUAUCCUAUUCUCUUCUUUAUAUCUUAUUCUAUUGGAAAUUCUAAGUCCUAUUUUCGAGGGAAUUGAACCUGCUUUCCUGGAUCGUCCAUAUCUAUCUGACCAACCUGAUUGAUCUGGCAUGCCCGCAACCCUUGAUCUAUAGAUUUUGUUUUUUGAGGAAACCAUGUUAUUCAGGUUUAAAGUUUAAGCAGUAUUCUCAGUAUUGUUAUUUUGGAACGCAUGAAAUAUCACAAACUAGUGCUCUGUACGUAAGAAACAUGAAGUAUCAAUUGGUUUGUUUGACAACAUUGUUUCAUGUCAUCCUUUCAAUUAUUUGGAGAAUUAUUGCACAGGUUUAG